UAAAGAAAUAGUGAUAUUCGCAUCAAGCAUCGAUACAUUCAUUGCAAUAUCCGUGAGGUGAGCACGUUUUUUUAUUUUACUCAACUUUUGUUUACUAGAAAAAAUGGAUUCCAAAAAUGAAUCGAAUAAUAUGAUUGGUGAAAUUGAAGAGAUUGAACAUCUACAAAAUAUGUUACGUCAAAAACAAAUUGAAUUGGAUCAAGAGUUGAAGAAAAAACGAGAACAAUUGAUGAAAAUUCAAGAAAUGAAAACUCAACUUCAAUUCGAACGUGAUAAUUCUGAACGAGCUUUUCGUGAAAAGAUUGAACAACUUCGAUUAUUAACCGAAGCAUUGGUUGAAAGUACAAAAUUAGUUUCAACAUUAUCUGAUCGUUCACCAGCCGCUGCAAUCGCUGUUGAAGCAUUGGAACAAACUAAUCAAGAAAUUCAUCAACAAUCAAUUGAAGAAUUGAAACUUCAUUGCCAAAUGGCACGUGAACAAAUACAAAAUUUGAAUCAAAAUUUGGAUGAACAGGAAAAGCAAUCAAUGCAAACAAAUGAAACGAACAAUGAGGAAGAAAAAUUGUCUUUGGAAUCAUCAAACCAACCGAUGGAAAGUGUGAAUGAAGAAACAACCCAAACAUCCAUAUCUUCUUUAGAAAUACUAAAAGAAGAACCAGAAACAACUCAAUAAAAUAACAAUUGAUUUGAGAAAAAAAGUUUUUUAUUAUUAUUUAAUAUGAUAAAAUAUCAAAAAACA